AUGUCCGUCCACUUCCGCGAGUUGUUUCCAUCGAACAAGGUGAUAAAGUUUCGAACCGACUUUCGUAACACAAUCUACGAUUUGUUCCUGCACAGAAAAUGGGAGCUCACCACAAGCGAAACCGACUGGAACAUGUGCUGGUCGGAGAAGGACUGGAUAAACGAGGUGUACGACACGCUGUCCCUGAGGAACAAUCAGUACGUCAAUCACUUCAGGAAUUACUACGAGCUUACGCGGAAGGACCUGCUCGCCAAGAACAUGAAGAGGCUGAAGAAGCAAAAUGAGAAGAAGCAAAAUGAGAGGAAGCAGAAUGAGAAGAUGAAAAAUGAGCAGACGAAAAACGAGGAGGACCUGAAUCUCAUAGACAUAACCCCGGUGACGUUCGUCCUUCCACUUGAGUAUAAGCUAUUCCUGGAGGAAUACAAACGGAGGAGCAACCGCAUGUGGAUUAUGAAGCCGAUUGGGAAGUCCCAGGGGAAGGGAAUUUUCCUUUUCAACAAAAUAUCACAGAUAAAGAGUUGGAGUGUCGGUCGGCAGAGGGAGAAGGACGCGGACAGGGGGAGAAACACCGAUAGGGGAAGAGACGCAGACCGAAAUAAAGCAGCGGAAGUGGGUAGACCCCCCGAACAGGGAACAGAUACGUACCGAAAUAAAGCCUCCGAACUGGAGAAGGAGGCCGAUCGACCAGAGCAGUACAUCGUGCAAGAGUAUAUCUCUAACCCGCUUCUCAUCGGCGGGAAGAAGUUCGACAUCCGCCUGUACGUCCUCAUCGUGAGCUACUCCCCUUUGACGAUAUACCUCUACAGGAGUGGCUUCGCCAGAUUUUCACACACGUACUUUAAAAACGAAAAAAACAAUAUGACAGAUAUCACGAUGCACUUGACGAAUGUGUCUAUACAGAAGAAUGCAGAGGGAUACGACGACAAUGUGGGAGGCAAAUGGUUCGUCAGAGAGUUAUUCCUCUACAUGAUCAGUCGUUACGGGGAGGAUCGAAUUAUGACACUGAUUAGAGACAUAGAAAACUGCAUCAUUCAGUCGUUCUUAGCAGUUCAUAAGAUCAUCAUAAAUGACAGACAUUGUUUUGAGCUCUAUGGAUUCGACAUCCUCAUCGAUAGCAAUUUGAAGCCAUGGCUCAUCGAAGUCAAUUCCUCUCCUUCUCUUUCUGCCAACACGAAGGAGGACUACACACUUAAGUUUAACAUGCUCGAUGAGCUAAUGUCACUAAUCAAUUUAGAGAUGUAUGACAUGCCGGAGACGGACCGAAUUGGAGACUUUGACUGCAUCUACAGAAGGGGCAGUCGGGUUGUCCCUUCUCAGCCCUACAACUUUUUUUCUCACUUGGGUAGGACCCCACCAGGGGGGAGAAGUAGUGCUAGUAUCAGAAGUAGUAGUAUUCGUAGCGGCAGCGGUGGAAGGGCACAGCUCUCGGGAACGGAGCAUCUGAAGCAGAUGGCAAAGGAUAUCAAACGGGGCAUGUCCACGGAAGGGAGCCUCGAAAAAGGAGGGACAACAUGA